GUUAAAUAUGCUUGAUGUAAUUUCGACAUUUUCAAUUCACUCUUGCCAAAGUAGAAGGUAUGAUGAAUGAUAAUAAAAAAUAUAGAAAUAGAUAAACUGGAAAUUUAUCAAAGGGAUCCACUGCUAGAUAAUCAACAAGACCAAAUUAGAAGUUUUACAAAAUACAAUUAGAUGAUUUGCCAUUCAAGACUAGUCCAAAAAGUGAACAAAGAGAGAAAGUAGAAAUUUAACCAAUAAAUGAAUAAAAUAAAUAAAGAGAAAAUGAAAAUGAAAACCAAUUUGGAAGUAACUUUUACCCAUUGAUCAAUUUUUAAAAAAGUAAUUAUUAGUGAUUAACAAAUAAGUCUCCUACCGUCAGUUAUUGAAAGAAAGUAAUUAAUUCAUAAUUUUUAGUUAAGUUCGAAAAGGAUAUUAAAUCUCUUCAUCCAUCAGACAAACGAAAUUUAGUAAUAUACAAAAUAAUGCGUGAACUUUUUUAAGAACUUUAAUUUGAGAUACAAAACAUAUUGAUUUGUCAACAUCCAAUUUCUAAACUUUUUUAUAUCUAUUUUUCAGAUACUGAUUAUUGUCCAAUCUCGAAAUGUUGUAAUUAAAAUGUAGUAAUUCGAAUUGGUGAGGCAUUGGGUGGAGAAAUCAGAUGUUUAAAUCCUAAGUGUCCUUUGGGAGUGUUAACAACUUUUGAAAUAGAGGAAAAGAUUCUUUGGAAUUCCAAAUUUUAAUAAAAACAAGUUAUCUCAUCGCUAAUUUCAAGUGGAAAGUACAGAACCAAGAGUUUACUUUAAUCCGUUUAAGUUCCUUAAGAUAAUAAUACUUAUGCUCCGAAAUAAUAAAAAUAAAAUUAGAAUUCAUGGAAAAGAUCUUCCACAUUUUAUUAGAGAGCUAGUUAAACCAACUACGAAUAAAUAUAUAGGUACGAAUUGUCAAAAAAUUUAUUACUCAAUUCUUAAAUUUUUAAUAAGAAUUUUGAUGAUUAAAUAGAUGAAAAAUAUAAAUACAGAUGCAAAUUUUGA